AUGAACCCCCCUGGGAGAAGGAGGUGCAAGGCUCUGCAGCAGCAGGAAAUCCCGGCUGGGCAACGCCUGAUGUUCCCCAGGAGAAGGGAGACGUGCCGAGGAUUGCAAUGGGAUGCUCUGGCUGGGGCGCAGCUCCGGCUCCCCGCGGAGAGAGGAAGCCAGAAGCAGAGACGCGGCUGCAGCGGCGGACAGCUGUGCACUCUGGCUGCCGGGCAGCGCUACCUGCUGGGGCUCUUCCUCCACAUGUGGCUGUGGACCGCCUCCGGCUCGUCCGCCCAGGUGUACAACCUCAGCUUAGCGGUGGACGAAGGGCUCCCUCCGGAUACUCUGGUUGGGGAUAUCCUUGCCGGGCUGCCCGGUGAGCAGCAGGGGGUGGGAGACGGCUUCUUCCUGUCUGAGGACUCGGGCGACUCCCCGCUGCUCGACGACUUUCACGUGGACACCGACACAGGCAUCAUCCGCACCGCGCGCAGCCUGGACCGCGAGCGGCGGGACCGCUACAGUUUCGUGGCGGCCACGCUUCUGGGCGCCGUGGUGCAGGUGGAGAUUACCGUGAACGACGUGAACGACCACUCGCCCCGCUUUCCAAGCGACUCCCUGCAGCUAGACAUCUCGGAGCUCAGCCCCCCCGGCACAGCAUUCCGCCUGCCCGGGGCCCGGGACCCGGACGCGGGGCUGUUCAGCAUCCAGGGUUACACCCUGUUGCAGCCUCCCGAACUCACGCAGAACCCGGAGGGACGCUUCUUCCAGUUGCGCUACGGAGGCCCGGGGCAGCAGCCUUCCUCUUCGGGCUCCUCCUCGUCUUCCUCGUCUUCACCACUGGAGCCUCUGGACCUCGUGCUGGUGCGGCGUCUGGACCGCGAGGCCGCCGCUGCUCACGAGCUGACGAUCGAGGCAUGGGACGGGGGCAGCCCCCGGCGCACUGGCCGCCUGCAAGUGGAGGUACGCGUCCUGGACGAGAACGACAACCCGCCGGUCUUUAACCAGAGUGAAUACCGGGUGGCGGUGCGCGAAGACGCCCCGCCGGGCACCGCGGUCUGCCGGGUGCACGCCACAGACCUCGACUUGGGGCCCAACGGAGAAGUGCGCUACAGCCUCCGCACCCGGCAGCCUUCCGCGGGCGGGGUCGACAGCGAGGGCGCUUACUUCUCCGUGGAGGAGCUGAGUGGCUUGGUGCGAGUACGCCGGCCGCUGGACAGGGAGUCCCAGUCCCGGCACCAGCUGGUUGUGGAAGCUCGGGACGGAGGCGCCGAACCCGAGGCCGCCAGCGCUCUGGUAUCCAUUGCAGUGCUGGACGUGAACGACAACCGGCCCUCCAUCCACUUGCUCUUUCUGACCGAAGGCGGCGGAGCUCAGGUGUCAGAGGGUGCCAGGCGCGGGGAUUACGUAGCCCGAGUCUCCGUGUCCGACCUCGAUGGGGACCCCGAGGGGGAGGAAGCUGCCGAGGUAGGAGCGGGCAGUGAAGGGGGCAGCGCGGGCAUCACACUCUCUUUGGAGGGCGGCGUGGGCUCCUUCGCCCUGCGGCCAGGAGGCCCCCGGGAUGUGUUCUUCCUCUGUGUGGAGGGGCCCCUAGACCGGGAGAGCCGCAGCCACUACGAGCUGCUGCUGGUGGCCACGGACUCGGGUUCCCCGCCCCUUAGCACCCAGGAGGCCCUCUUGCUUCGGGUCACCGACGUCAACGACCAGGUACCCCAUUUCAGUCAGGAGCGCUAUUACGCCUCGGUGUCUGAGGCCGCGGCGCCCGGCACUGCAGUGCUCCGUCUCAGCGCCUCAGACGGAGAUGAGCCGGGCACUGACCAGGCCAGGGUGCGCUAUGUCCUAACCCAGGUCCAGCCCCCGAACGACUGCAACCCAGAAGACGCAGCUCGUGGAGCCAGGUGCCAUCCUCUGGCCUUUGCUGUGGACCCAGAGAGCGGAGUGAUAAGCACUACCCGUGCUUUGGACCGGGAGGUUCAGGAGGCCGUGGAGCUGCAGGUGGUGGCCCAGGACCUCGGCCAGCCCCCGCUCUCCUCCACCUGCUGGGUGAGCGUGACCGUGGAGGAUGUAAAUGAUAGCGAGCCCGUCUUCCAGCGGCAGGUGUAUAAUGCCAGCGUAGCUGAACAUGCCCCCUCCGGGCACUGCUUUUUGCAGGUAAAGGCAUCAGAUGCUGACACAGGCCAGUAUGGCCACAUCGAAUAUUUUCUUUAUGAUGGAUUCCACAGCUCUGAAAAAUCUCAAGAAUUCCAGAUUGACCCACAUUCUGGCCACAUCUGUGUGUCUCGAGAUAUCGACAGGGAACGAGAUCCAGCCACCUACGAUUUGUUAGUGAAAGCUCAGGAUGGGGGUGGACUAAGUGCCCAAGCUUUUGUUCGAGUGGAACUGAAGGAUGUGAAUGAUAAUCAACCUGUUUUUAACCCGGCCUCCUACGUGACAAGCAUCAGUGGCCACACACAGCCAGGCACGGAGAUUCUCAAUGUCGUUGCUACUGACAGGGAUGCUGGAAUAUAUGGAGUGGUGGCCUAUGAGCUCAUGCCAGGAGACUUCUCCUCUCUCUUCACAGUUGACUCUGCCACAGGAAUUAUUUAUUUAAUAUCAACUCUUAGUCACUUGGAGUCUACCAGUGUGUUUUUGACUGUGUCUGCCCGAGAUGGUGGUGGGCUUACAUCUGUAAUUAAUGCGGAUGUCACCAUCCACAUCCUCCAGACUGCUCUAGCACCUGCCAUUUUUGAAAGGUCCAAAUAUGCCUUCUCCAUUCAUGAAGAUGUGCCUGAAGGUAGUCCUGUCGGAACUGUGAAAGCAAGAGAACCUUUAAAUUCCUUGGAGACAGUGUCUUACAGAAUUUCUUCUGGGGAUUCCUAUGGUAGUUUCACUAUUGACCCUAAGUUUGGUGUCAUUCGUACCCGGAAGCAGCUGGAUCAUGAGACACAGCCUAUAGUUAUCCUCACCAUCCAGUCACAGCUGGGCAGCUCUCCUGUCUAUGGUAGCACCCAAGUCAACAUUACUGUGAUUGAUGUCAAUGAUAACCCUCCCAUUUUUCGCAUGGCUUCAGAUGAGGUGAGGCUAUUACAGAGUACGCUUCCUGGCACAGCCUUAUAUAUUGCUCAUGCAGAAGACAAAGACAGUGGCCAGAAUGGAUUUGUCCAAUAUACCAUCGAAAAUCAGUGGUCAAGCAUCUUCACCAUUGAUUCAGACACUGGUGUCAUAUACCUCAGUGGGAUCCUUGGGCAAGAAAUACAACAGGGUUGGACUCUGUACAUCAGGGCUAAGGACCUAGGAGUUCCCCCCUUAACAUCACUGUUGAGGUUGACAGUGACUGUUGAAAAACCAGACUUGAAGCCUCCCUUGGCUUUUGAACAUUUAGUUUAUCAGAUAGAAAUAAGUGAAUUCCUUCCACCAACAACUCAGAUACUUCAAGUCUGGGCCUUCUCACUAGAGUCACAUCACAAGACAUCCGAUAUUGCAUACUCACUGGAACCCACCACAGAAUCUGUCGCAUUUGGCAUUGAUGCUUCUACAGGUUGGAUUUCUUUGCGGAGGCAGUUGAACUAUGAAACAACCCAAAUAUACAAUUUCAAAGUAUUUGCCUGGAGCCUGGAGGACAGGUUGAGGCAAAAUGUGAGUACAGCUGUAACGGUUCAUGUUCUGGAUGAAAAUGACAAUUGUCCAGCCUUUUUGCAUGAUGUCCUUUUUUUGCAAGUUGAAGAGAACCCUACACCCCAAGGGGUAAUAGGAACAAUUAUAGCGACUGACAAAGACUCAGGAAAAAAUGGACAGUUAUCAUAUUUCCUUUUGUCUGAUGGAAAAUUCUUCAAGAUAAAUCCCAACACAGGUGAAAUCAUAAAUUGGAUGGCGCUAGACCGGGAGCAGCAAGUACAUCACCAGUUGAUAGUUCUAGUGACUGAUCAUGGUUCCCCACCACGAAAUGCCACUAUGAUAACUUAUAUCUCCAUUACAGACCUCAAUGAUAAUAAACCUUUUUUCCCCCAAUUUCUCCCUGGAAAAGAGCUCAAGAUUAAGGUCCUGGAAGGUCAGACUGCAGAUAUGUUGGUUACCACUGUAUUUGCAAAGGAUCUUGAUUCAGGAAACAAUGGAGAAGUUUUAUAUUCACUAUCUUCAGAAGACAGUUCAGAGCACUUUAAAAUUGAUGCCAACAGUGGAGAAAUAAGAACAACGACCCCACUCUUGUAUAACCAUAGGCCACAUUACAGGAUGACUGUAGUGGCAAGUGACCAAGGGAUGCCUUCUCUUCAAGGACAUGCAGUUAUUCACAUUCAGGUGAUUCCACUCUCCAAAGAGAGGCCUUCCGUUUCCCGUUAUAUUCAGCAUUUGGUCAUACCAGAAAACUCUAAGCCUGCAAAAGUAAUGAGCUUGGUAAAGUCCCCUGACUAUCUUCAGCAACAUGAUGGAAAGCUACAACUAAGUAUAGUUGCAGAGGACAAGGAUAGCCACUUUCAGAUUGACAGCUCAACAGGGGAUUUAUUUCUCUCCAGGGAACUUGACUACGAAAUGACCUCUCACUAUCUUCUCAGGGUGACUGCGAAAGAUAACAGCCACAGUCCUCCUGUGAACAGCACCAUCUUCCUUAGCAUUGAUGUGGAAGAUCAGAAUGACCAUUCUCCUUCUUUCCAAGAUGAUUUCAUAGUGAUCAGCAUAGAGGAGAACGUUUCCGUAGGUACCUUGGUCUACACAUUUAAUGCCAAAGAUGGAGAUGGCAGUUUUCUAAACAGCAAAGUCCAGUAUUUCAUUGAAAUGAACAGUCCUGGUGAAAAUCCCUUCCUCAUCCACCCCUCAUAUGGGACACUGGUCACUGCCUCCCCACUGGAUAGAGAGACCAUUCAGUCCCUUGUCUUGACAGUGACAGCAUCAGACCAGGCUGUGAAUGUAACAGACCGGAGAUUGGGAACCAUGACAGCCAAGGUGGUCAUUUUAGACAUCAACGACCACAGUCCUAGUUUUGUGUCCUCUCCCAUUGCCUAUAUUGCAGAAGAUGAAGAAAUAGGUUCUCUUGUGCAUCAUAUUGUUGCUAAGGACCCUGAUGAAGGAAGGAAUGGAAGAAUCACAUAUCACAUUCUCUCAGGAAAUGAAAACAAAACCUUUAUGUUGGAUGAGAAAUCAGGCUUGUUAACAACUAUUUAUCCUUUGGACUAUGAAACUCAAACCUUUCAUGUACUGACCCUCCUGUCACUGGAUGCUGGCCUGCCGGCACUCUCCACAACGCAGACCUUGACAAUUUAUGUCCUUGACGUAAAUGAUGAGGCACCAGAAUUUAAGCAACAUCUCUAUGAAGCUACAGUUGCAGAAAACCAAGGUCCAGGGCAAUAUGUUACAAAAGUGGAAGCUGUGGACAGAGAUUCAGGAAUCAACUCCCAACUGCAAUUUGAAAUCAUGCCAACCACCAUAUCUGGACUUUUUAAGAUCGAUUCCAGCACUGGAGAGGUGGUAACAGCAGCUGCACUGGACAGAGAGACCCAGGAGUUCUUCACCCUUAGAGUACUGGUGAAAGACCAGGGAAUCCCUCCAUUAUCCAGCACCACGACUGUUAUUUGCAGUGUGAAAGAUGAAAAUGACCAUGCUCCCAAGUUUAUUAUCCACAACCCUGAAAUCCAAGUUCCAGAGAACCAAGAGCCUGAGGUCAUCUAUACUGUGUUAGCUGUGGACAUGGAUACUGACAACAAUGGAGCCGUGCGGUAUCGCAUAAUUGGAGGAAACAAUGAGCAGCAGUUCACUAUUGAUACAACUUCCGGAGAGCUCUCCACAACUUGUAGCUUAGACAAGGAGCACAUCAGUAAUUUCACCCUCAUUAUUGAGGGGUAUGAUUUGGGUAACCCAAGUAGAAGCUCCAUAACAGAGUUAAAAGUGACUGUCUUGGAUGAGAAUGACCACAGCCCUACCUUCCCUACAUCCCACUACCAAGCCUGUGUGAAAGAAGACCUCGAAGUGGGUUCCGUAAUCCUAGAGCUCUCUGCUGUGGAUGAAGACAGUGGCCUAAAUGGGCAGGUUGAAUACUUCCUAACCAAUGAUGCUCUGGGUCUCUUUACCAUUGACAGAAUGACAGGUACAUUGAGACUCACCCAAGGCCUUGACCGGGAGACAAGGUCCCAGUAUGUGUUUAGGGCUGUGGCCAGUGACUGUAAUGUCCAAAGUCCAAGGAGAACCAUAGUUGAUGUGACAGUGAAUGUCGAUGAUGUCAAUGACAACAGUCCUGUUUUUGGACAGAACCCUUUGGACGUCUUUGUCUCUUCACAAAUGUCUGUGAACCAGACCAUUGCCACACUAAUUAGCUAUGACUCAGACCUGGGGCUCAAUGGAGUUGUGGUUUUUCAUUUUGCUGAGACCCAGUCUAUGUUUCAUAUUGAUGAACACUCGGGAGAGGUUCGACUUCAAACACAGCUGUCCUCUGAACACUUCCCUGUCUGGCUGCAGGUAAAGGCUAUGGAUCAGGGGAUCCCCACCAGGACAGCUGUUGGUCUUUUGGUCAUCCACAUGCAGGAAAAAGAUGAAAGAUUUUCCUUUAGUCAGCAAUUAUAUACAUCAACUGUAACUGAAAACUGUGAAACUGGAACUUCCAUUGUGACUGUAGAAGCCUUCACUCCGGAGCCCAAUGAGAAAGACAUAAAAUAUUGGAUUUUGAGUGGAAAUGAAAAUGGAGUAUUUUCCUUAAACUCUAAAACAGGUGAACUCACUGUGAAGGAGCCUAUUUUUCUUGAUUUUGAGGUCAUAAAUGAAAUUAACCUCAUAGUUUUGGCUAAAAGUAGCUGGCAUACAACCCAUUGCAAACUGGCAGUCUUAGUACAAGAUGUGAAUGAUAAUGUACCAGUUUUUCAGUCAAGCACUUACCGAGCUUCAGUAUCAGAAGAACAACCCUUCAAUACACAAGUCAUGCAGGUUUUUGCCACUGACCUUGACAGUGAAUUGAAUGGCCAAGUUGAGUAUUCAAUCCUCUCAGGCAACCAGGAUGAAGCAUUUCAGAUUGAUGCAGUGAGUGGUAUGAUAACAACAAAUACAGUUCUGGACUAUGAACUCACCAAUUCCUACAGUUUGGUUGUACAAGCUGCCGAUAAAGGGAUGCCCAGGCUUUCUGCUACAGCUAUAGUCAACAUCCAAGUGGUAGACCUCAACGAUAAUAUCCCGGCCUUUCUCCCCUCUGAACGAGUGGAAGUUCCAGAAAGUACUUCACUUGGUUCUGUUGUGACUCGAGUGGCUGCUCGUGAUGGAGAUUCAGGUCCCGCUCUUGUCUUCAGUUUCACUAAGGGGGGUAACCCUGGAAGCAGAUUUGCUAUUGACCACAACACUGGAGAUGUGAUGCUGACAAAGCCAUUGGAUUUUGAAGGCGAACAUGAAUAUGAACUACUGGUUGAGAUUUCGGACUCUGUGCACCACACUGAAGCAGUGCUUGUGGUCUAUGUUAUGGAUGUCAACGACAACCCCCCACUCUUUUCCCAAGAUUUCUAUCAGGUCACAUUGCCUGAAAUGACACCUGUAGGAUCCUCCAUCUUGACCGUGUCAGCCACAGAUCAGGACACAGGAACCUAUGGGAGGAUUUCCUACAAAAUCCUUUCUUCUGCUGAAGGAUUUUCAAUUGACCCCCAGAAUGGCUCUAUAUUUACGGUCAAACCUGUGAUGCUUCUGAACAAAACAUCAACAAUUCAACUUCUUGUGGAAGCUAAAGAUGGUGGAAUCCCUAGUUUGACAGCCAUUACUUUGGUGGAAAUAGAAAUUCAAGAUGUGAACAACCAUGCCCCUCAUUUCAGCACUGAGUACUAUAACAUCACUGUUAGUGAAGAUACAGUCAUUGGGACCACCCUGCUCACAUUGUCAGCUAUUGACCAUGACUGGACCCAUGAAAACACACAUGUUGAGUAUUCUCUCAUCAGUGGUAAUUUGCAGAACACUUUCCAUGUGGAAACUCAUGUAAUUCCCUCAGGAUCCCCUUACAAGCACAUUGGUCAACUUGUGCUGAGUCACCCUCUAGACAGAGAAACUAUGGCCUCUCAUGAACUUAUCAUUCUAGCUUCUGAUCAUGGUCACCCCCCAUUGAAUUCUACAGCCACCAUAUUAAUAGAUGUGCUGGAUGCCAAUGAUAAUGCACCAAUAUUCAGCUCUCCAGAAUACCAUGCCCAUGUCAAGGAAAGUCUACCUGUUGGUAGUGAGAUUAUUGUGGUCUCAGCAAAAGACCAUGACACUGGAGCCAAUUCUGAAGUCACCUACACUAUCAUCUCAGGAAAUGAGAAAGGACAUUUCCAAGUAGACGGGGAAACUGGAGUAAUAGAUUUGAUUAAACCCUUGGAUUACGAGGACACAUUGAUGUUCACUUUAACUGUCCAAGCCUCAAAUAGAGGAACAAAUAAUUUUGCCUUUUCAGUGGUGUCUAUCAGUGUCCUGGAUGACAAUGACCAUGCCCCACUGUUUGUUUUCUCAAGUUUGAACUGUGUUGUCCCUGAAAAUCUGCCUAAUUUUUCUAUUAUGUGUACAGUGCAUGCCUUGGAUUUUGACGCUGGUCCUUAUGGGCAGCUGACAUAUUCCAUUCCGUCAUCCUGUCUGAUGAAUCAUGGAAUCUCUCGUGAUCAUGACCUGUUCUUUAUUGACCCAUUAACAGGGGAUAUCUAUGCCAAGCAAAUCCUAGACUAUGAAACUGAAACUAAACACUGCUUCAUUGUUCAGGCAGAAGAUAAAGGUGAAGCCAAAGCCACUCUGAUGGUCCAAGUGGAUGUUGAAGGAAUUGAUGAAUAUGACCCUAUUUUCACACAAGGCCAGUAUUGCUUUAGUCUUCCAGAGAUUCAUCACACAAGACAGGUUAUUGGCAAAGUAGAAGCAUCCGAUGCUGAUGCUGGAGUUGAUGGACUUGUGCUUUAUACCCUUGCAACUUCAUCAACAUUCUUUUCCAUUAAUAAAACCAAUGGAGAUAUCUAUUGGAUUGGAGAACCUCCCUUUAAGGGAAGCAACAUUAUGAAAGAUGGCAUUGUUGAAAUGAAGGUCAUAGCACACAGUCCCAAGAUGGACUCUAAGUCUUCUUCCUGUACCAUCUUUGUAAAUAUGUCCUCUUUCCCUCAAGGAGAUCACUACAUACUAUCUGCUAACAGCCUUUCAAUCAGCCUCACAGCCUCCAUCAUCAUAUUUUUGCUCUUGGUCAUCAGCCUUGUUGCCCUGAUUGUAAGAUAUAAAAGAAAAGACACAGUGAACUCCUGUGGAGAAAAAAAGGUAUCCUCAUCCUCACCUAGUAAUCUGAGCCUGGCUAGUGAUCCCAGCAUCCUCAAGGACUCCCAGAAAGCUCAGGAUGGGGGCAACAGCAUUCUUCCGAUGGGCUCCGUGUCUGAGUGGUUGAAUUUAGUAGAUAUGAGAGAGAAAAAAGAUAUGGUGAAUCCAUGUAGACAUUCAGACUCGAGUGGCCACUGCUCAGUGGAAGGAGAUACCGCUGAGGAUGAGGAGAUCAAGAGGAUCAAUGAACACCCAUGCCGGAAGGGUUCUGGCUCUGUUCUGAGUGACCGAGGGUCUCGGGUGCCAGAUUCUGGAGUACCCAGAGACUCAGACCAGCUCUCUUGCCUGUCUGGGGAAACAGAUGUAGUGAUAACCACAGAAACCUUAGAGAGCAGUUUCACCUUUGAGGGUGUAGGAGAAAGGUGUGAUGCCAUCUAUGCUCAAAACAAGGUGCUAUCCCAGCCACUUCACAAGAUGGGAAUGAAAGAGAAAACCCUCAUGGAAGACAGUGGGAGAGAUUAUAUCUUUAUGUCAAAUGAUCAGGACUCAAGGUAUGGCUCUCUUACAACCUUAGAAGCUCCCACUAAGGAUCCAAGAAGCAGCUAUGACUGGGAUUACCUCCUCAACUGGGAGCCCCAAUUUCAGCCUCUUUCUUCUGUCUUCAAUGAUAUUGCAAAGCUGAAAGAUGAACAUUUGCAGGUGCCUGGAUUACCACAGGGGAAGAAAUCUUUUGUUUUCCCACCACCUUUAAUCACAUCGGUAGCACAGCCUGGCAUCAAGGCAGUGCCACCACGAAUGCCGAGUCUGCCACCAGGGAAAGCAUUCAAGAAAUACCCACGUUCUCCCCUUCACCAGCAUCUUCACUAUCCACCAGCAGCCAUGACGCCCAGUUUUUCUCCUUCUCUCUCCCUGCUGACCAUGCAGUCUCCUGCUAUGUCUCCCCUGUUGCCAGAUGCUGGGUUGUUAGGAACAUGCCUAGUCAGGACAGCCCAUGGGCCCAGGGCAGAAGAAGAAGUCAGGCUGUGAAACCUUGGCAUUGAGCCCCAGGAUACUUUUAGGCAAGAAGGAGUAUACUAAAAACAAAAACAAAAACAAAAAGCAUUUGGAACCAAACUCCUCAGGGGUGAUUCUUUUCAUAGCUGAGAGAAUAUGAUCCAUUUCAAUCUGAGUUUUAUAGCUCCCUAUUUUCUCCUAUAUACUCACUCCCAGACUUACUGAGAAACUGCCCAAUGCCUAACCCUUGUCUUCACCUGCCACUACUACUCUUGUACUUUGCAGUCUGUAUAGAAAUGAGUUCAGAAGGUGAAAUGGCCUAAUAGACAAGAGUGACCUGCAAAUAAUUUUAAAGCAUUCUUAGUAAGUGGUCUAUCUUCAAAAUACACAAGGCAAGAGCAUAGCAGAGUUGCCGUUGCUUGGCGUGACAGUAGAGAUCAAGUAGUUUGGGUAAAUAGACUUCCAGUGGCUCUCUGACAAUACAUUUCACAUCAAGAUAAUUGACACCUAAAGACCCACUUCUGGAUUUCCCUUCCUUUUCGACCCUUCAUGCCAUCUUACUCCAUUUGUAGAGCCUAAUCAUGACUGUAGAAGUGAAAGGCACCAUCAUCUCUAGGGAGAUGAAUGAGAAAAAAAGAAUGGAAGUAGCCAUCAGUCAAUGCCAAAAAAGAAGAGUGUUUCCCAGUUGCUUUUCUCUGAUUAAACGAACCAAGCAUGUCCAUUCUUGGUAUGGGCCCAAGGGUGAUACUAGCCUAAACCACUGGGUUAAACCUCUCAUGUGAUAAACUUCCUUGGACUUCUUUCCAAAGAGAUCAGAGUACAUUUUCUUUUAUCUUGUUUGUUUUUUUUCUUUUCUUGCUUCUUCUUUAUGACAGGACACAUGUAUAGAUGUGAAACUUUGAAGAUUAAUUUAUGGAAACUCAUUUUAUUUUUCUUCUAGACACUGCAGUUACUUGUGGUAAACAGAGAACAAAUAAUUUAUGCACUGUGUUAACAGUGACAAAUUUAUGUAGAUAAAACAAGCUAGAGUGAUGGAAUUAGCUAUUCAUAUAAUUUCCUAGUUAGAAUGAUUUAAUGGUAUUUUUUAAAAUUAAGAUUUUUGUAUAAAUUUUUUCUACUAAAAGUUUAAAAUGAGCUACAAAAGCAUACUUUCUGUCCUCUCAUGGUAUAAUCUAAUUACCAUUUGCUCAGCGGUGCAAUCAGUACUUGGGCUUUGUAUAGAUGGAUUGUAGGCAUAGCAGAUGGUGUUGGAUUACUGGCAUAUGUUGCCCUUUGAUUAUCUUGUUUUCAAUACUGUUUCACAGGAUCAAGAAGAGAACUUAGAAUUCCUUAGAGUUGAAGGGGAAAGUCUUUGAGAUCACUUAAUUCAAUGCCCUCAUUUUACAGAUGUGGAAAUGGAGACCCAAGGAGAGCUUUAUGCAACAAUUCCAGUGCAACAACACAAACACUCUCCUCAAAUGAACUUACUGAAGCAAAUUUAGACAAGGAUGGCAGAGACCAAAGACCUUUGGACACCAGGUUCUGUGAUGGGAGAAAUUUUUUUUCCCUUUUUUUUUUCGGGGCAAUGAAGUGACUUUCCCAGGGUGGCACAGCUAGUAAGUGUUAAGUGUCUGUUCCUGAUUGGAACUCAGGUCCUCCUGCAUCCAAGGCUGGUGCUUUAUUCACUGUGCCACUUAGGUGCCCCUGAUGGGAGAAAUUCUAAGACAGCACCCUGUCAGGAAGAGUCAAAAUACCUUGGAACACUCCAAAUGAGUGCUGGGAAAUCAAGCAUUGGAGGAAGAUGCAAGGCUGUACUGAACCUAAGAGGAAAUAAGAGUACUGAAGCUGGGGUGUGGCUUCCAUGGGGGAGAAGGCAGGAUAUUUUACAGCCUCCUAUUUGAAUGGAUUCUUCAUGAUAACUAGAUGCUAAGAUCAGUUCUUUCUGCUUGCUAAAGUGAUACCAAUACUGCAAGUGCCCUGGAGCAAAGUCUCAGUCCCCUCCACCUAGUUACAGUUCAGCCCUUAAAAGGGAAAUCACAUACCCAAAGUCAAGAGCACUAUUUCCUUCUAGAGCUAAAACUAAACCCCACAAUUCCUGGUUCCUUGUCUAGCACUCUUUUCCCUGUUGCCACCUAGAGUUCCUGUGUCCGUUCACUGCCAGAAAUAAGCAUUCUUCUAAGAACAUCACCUCCCUACCUCACUACUUCUCUGGGGUGGUUGCCUUUGGCAUAAGAAUCCUUCUCUUAAUCAUGCUGAUCCAAUGAUGGAAGUCUUCAGGACAUCAUGGCAGUAGUUUACAGAAUCGUAAAAUAAAAUUUACAGGACACAUGAGGUGACUCCCUUCAAAGCUUACCCAUGGAAUCCUUCAGGUGUCUGUGUGUUGUCAUGGGUUCAUGAAGAGUUGGACAUGACUGAGUGACCAAACAAUAACAACUGUGUCUUAUUCCUUCAUUGACAUUCAUGGGAACAGGACUCAGUAGGCAAGGCUACAUACAGAAACUGAAUACACCCCGAGUUUUGAUCUUUGUUCCACUAACACGCUAAAAUAGCUAACUGUACUGUGUCCAUUUUCCUUCUUUACAAAAUGGUAUAAUACAGUCUUCACAACAACCCUGUGAGGUAGGUGCUACAAGUAUUUUUGUCCCCAUUUUAUAGAUAAGGAAAUGAACUCAGGUAAAAGUGAUGUUCAUAAUCAGACAGCUAGUAAGGGGCAGAGGUAGGCUUCGAAUCUAAGCCUCACCCAACUCCAAGUAUGGUACCCAUCACACCAUGACAUACUGCCUCUUCGUAGUUAGUACUAUCCAAGAGAUACUUCUGUUUACUAGAAAGCACUACUAAUAACACAAUGAUUUGCAGGUGAAACAGACAGUGGAUUGUAUACAUUUUGAGCAACACUAAAUAUUCCAUGCAGGUAUUAGCAAAUUCAGUUAACAGAAUGAGUCAUUAUUAAAAGAUCUGUGGACACCCAUCAUGAUUGACCCAAUAUUUCAUCUAAAGGAUGAAUUGAGUGUCUUGAAUUUUCACUAUGGUACGGGUUCUUUGAUGGAACCACAAAAUAAAUGCCUACAGGUCAGAGAAAAUGGGGCUCUUAAUCUGAGGUCUAUGGACAUAUUUCAGGGGGAUUUAUGAAAUUGAAUGGGGAAGAAUUGUAUCUUUACUUUCACUGAUCUCUGACUGAAAUUUAGCAUCUCUUAAUUAUGAAUUUAAAAAAAAAAAUCUUGAGAGAGUUGGUCCCUAGGUUUCACUAGCCUGCCUAAGGGGCCCAUGACACAAAAGAGGAUAAGUACAUCUGGACUAGACUUACUCUUGUUAUAAUAGUCCUAACUCUGAUCCAAGGUGCAGUCAGGCUCUGCUUAAGGCAGGACUGCAUUUCAAGCAUCCCUGACAUAUGGAAGCAUUAAACAUCUCUAGGGAAGGAGCUUCUACCAUAUCCCUUGGCAAAUUUACAAUAUCUAAUCUCCCCUUGAUUCCUUUCAAAGUUUCAAUGGAACAUACCAAAAGAGAGGAGGAAAGUGUUUGUGUCUAAAUUCAUUAUUAUGAAAGUUCUCUUUGGCCUUAUACUCUGCUUGUAGCUACAAGGAAGGCAUCGUUUGCUCUGUCAUGCAGAUAGCACCAACAUUUCUUUCCUCAUGUCUGUAUACCGUUGUUCUCCCUUACUCUUCCACAAAUAGUAUGCUUGCUCAUCUAAGCGUGUCUUUUUGCAAUUUAUUACUCAUGCUGGAUAUGAGUCUGCAUUUUUUCCUAGAUAUUUUGUAAGAGCUUAACAUGCUCAUUGUUUUGAGUCACUUGUUACCAAGUCCCAGUGGGGAUUGUUUUUUGAAUUGAUCGCUUUACUAAUGUCCUAUCAAAUACCAAGAGCCACACUGGCCAACAUGCUGCUGUUUCAAGUGUGGUUGAGGUUAAAAAUGUGAAUAUGUGAGUUAAGUGUCUGCAAUAAAUCAU